UUAUCAUCUGACAAUGUUAACAAAAACUGAAAACGUAUUAUAAUUUAUGGCAAAGUUGUUGUAUUGGAUUUCAUUAGAUUGCACAGGUGCUCCUAAUAAAAUGCUUGGUGAGUGUGUGUGUGUGUGCCGCAAAGUGGGGCACAGGUAGGUAGACAUACAGGUUACUAGCUUGAAAAAUACCUGCCCAAGUACAGUAUAACAUAUAUAAAUGUAAAAGGCUCAUUUUCUGGAGAAGAUGUGAUGCUGCCAUGAAGACUUGAGUCCUUUUCCCACAUGAAACACAUGACAUUGUUGGCUUCAUCAAGCUUUUACAGUGAGUCUGUUCCAUAAAUGUGCCUUAGAGGUUUAUUCAGACAUGACAGGACAUUUAUGGAAGGAGGACAAGUGUUUGCGGGGAAGAGUGAGGGCCCGAAAUCAUAUUUCUGCCCUGGGGCCAAUGAUAAGUGAGUCUGGCCAUUGUUAGAGCCCCAGUUCUGAGUUUUUGCUGAAUUAUGAAGUGCGUCAUCACUGGCCACACAGCGGCGCUGCUGUGGCGUCACUGUCAGACACAAGUACGAGGAGCACACGCUGUGUGAAAACCAUCAUUUCUAAGCAUGUUUGAGAAUUAGACAUUUGUAUGUAAAAUCAAAUGAACGCCAAAACGUGUGAAAUAAUAAUAUUAAUGUCAGGAAGAACAUAGUGUAGCUGAAUUCCGCCAUAAAGAGCAAGAACAACAUAUAUGCACACAGGUUUUACGUGUAUGUAUACCUGCGCACCAUCUGAUAUGGUACACAGGAGCCAUACAGUCAGAAAAGAAAAAGAAGCUAUGCUGGCUGCAUUGAUUUAGUUCUGACAGCCUGGAGGGAAGUUUUGGAUCAUUAUCUUGCUGUAGGAUGAACCCCUGACCAGCUAGGUGUGAACCAGAGGGUACUGCAUGGUUCUGCAGGGUGCUGUGCUUGCCCUUUGGUCCAAGAGGCCAGUCACUCUGUGUAAGUCACCAACUCUGGAUCCAGCAAAAGAGCCCCAGACCACCACACUUCCUCCUCCAUCAACUUUCAAGGCUUUAUUUACUUCCUUUGCUGUAGAAAAGCUGGAGACUGAAUCGAGGGACAUCAGCAGCAGGACAUCCUGAGCAGCAGCAAGAUGAAUACCCCCAUGGAGUCUAGACACUGGUGAUGGUGGUGGUUGAUGACUUCUGCUGAGACUGAUAAGGCUGAUGAGGUUGACAAAGUGAUGCACUGAUGAAUCUGCAAAGACUGAGCAGUGAUGGGGAGGUGCAGCGAGCCCCAGUUGUGGCCGGUGGGCAUGGUUUUGGAGGGUAGCUCAGAGGCGCUGUGUCCCCCCCCAUCUCUGGAGCUGCGCCCGUCCUGCAACAAGAGCCAGCCCUCGCCUCCUCUGGGCUCAAGCUCACAACCCCACGACGGAGUCUUCCCCGAGGACAAGGAGCCCGUCAAAUACGGCGAGCUCAUCGUCUUAGGGCACAAUGGGUCGCUGGCCAAUGGGGACAAGGGUCGCAGAAGAAGUCGCCUGGCUCUUUAUAAGAGACCCAAAGCCAACGGGGUCAAGCCUGAUGUUAUCCACAAUGUCUCAACUCCUCUGGUGUCAAAGGCACUCAGCAACAAAAGCCAGCACAGCAUCUCCUACACACUGUCACGGAGCCACUCUGUCAUUGUGGAGUACACCCAUGACACCAACACAGACAUGUUUCAGAUUGGCCGGUCCACAGAGAGCAUGAUCGACUUCGUGGUGACGGACACAGCGGGCAGCAGCAGUGGUCAGGGCGGGGGUGCGGCGGGGGAAGGUGGCGGUGGAGGCCAGUCAGCCCAGAGUACCAUCUCCCGCUACGCCUGCCGCAUCAUGUGUGAGCGCAGUGCUCCCUACACCGCCCGCAUCUACGCUGCCGGCUUCGACUCCUCCAAGAACAUCUUCCUGGGGGAACGAGCUGCCAAAUGGAGGACGUCGGAUGGCUUGAUGGACGGCCUGACUACCAAUGGGGUGCUGGUGAUGCAUCCGGCGGGGGAGUUUGUGUCUGAGCCAGCUCCAGGCGUCUGGAGGGAAAUCUCAGUUUGUGGCAACGUCUUCGCCCUGAGGGAGACCCGCUCAGCCCAGCAGAGGGGGAAAUUGGUGUUGCCAACCACCAAGUUACUGUCUGGAUGCUGCGUCAUACCUUCCAGUAAAUGGAAACAUUUGGUGGAAAAUGAGUCAAACACCCUACAGGACGGUUCUCUGAUUGAUCUGUGUGGGGCCACCCUGCUCUGGCGGACCCCGGCAGGACUGCGUCACACCCCCACCCUCAAACAGCUGGAGUCCCUUCGCCAGGAGCUGAAUGCCGCCCGGCCCCAGUGUCCUGUGGGCUUCAACACCCUGGCCUUCCCUAGCCUGGCCCAGCGCGAGAUCGUCGACAAGAAGCAACCCUGGGUUUAUGUCAACUGCGGGCAUGUACACGGCUACCAUAACUGGGGCUACCGCAAGGAGAAGGGCCCUGCUGGCCCCGGGGGCACAGCACCCGCCAGCACCGGGGAGAGGGAGUGCCCCAUGUGUCGGCGAGUGGGCCCCUAUGUGCCGCUGUGGUUGGGCUGUGAGGGAGGAUUGUACCUGGACGCGGGGCCGCCCACUCACGCUUUCUGCCCCUGCGGCCACGUAUGCUCAGAAAAGACAGUGGUGGGGUGGAGCCAGAUCCCGUUACCCCACGGCACCCAUGCCUUCCACGCUGCCUGCCCCUUCUGUGGUACUUGGUUGACAGGGGAGCAGGGCCACAUCAAACUCAUCUUCCAGGGCCCCGUCGACUGAAGCCCAGACCUGGGAAGCACUCAGAGGAAAGUGAUGGUGGAUUGGACAGAGGUGGACCUACUGAGUAAAGACUGUGAGACUGUGUACAAGAAUUUGAACACUCAAGUGUGGGUUGAAAGAGGGAGCACUGAUGCCAAGUACAGGAAAAGGACUGUUGACAUGAUGAACAGAAAGUGACAUGCAAUAGUAGAUGCCAAGGUUUCAAAUGGAAUAUGAGGUGUAUGGAAAAGUUGUAAAUAAAUUGUGUUGAAAUGAA